AUGGUCCAGAGCGACAUGUCCAAAUCGCCUCCCAGCCCGGCGCAGGAGGUGCAGAUGGAGCUGCUGGACAACCCCCUGCCCGCCGCGGCGGCAGCGCAGUCUUAUGGUAAAGGAGCAAGAAGAAAAAACCGAUUCAAAGGAUCAGAUGGGAGUACAUCUUCUGACACUACCUCCAACAGCUUUGUACGCCAGGGUUCGGCGGACUCCUACACCAGCCGUCCAUCCGACUCAGAUGUGUCUCUGGAAGAAGACAGGGAAGCAGUGCGGAGAGAGGCAGAACGACAAGCCCAGGCACAGCUGGAAAAAGCAAAGGCCAAGCCUGUUGCGUUCGCAGUCCGGACAAACGUUGGGUACAGCGCAGCUCACGAUGACGAUGUCCCGGUCCCCGGCAUGGCCAUCUCCUUUGAGGCUAAAGAUUUUCUUCACGUUAAAGAAAAAUUUAAUAAUGACUGGUGGAUAGGACGGUUGGUAAAAGAAGGCUGUGAAAUAGGAUUCAUACCAAGCCCAGUCAAGCUAGAGAACAUGAGGCUGCAGCAUGAACAAAAGGCAAAACAAGGAAAAUUCUACUCCAGUAAAUCAGGAGGAAACUCUUCAUCCAGUUUGGGUGACAUCGUUCCUAGCUCCAGAAAAUCGACGCCUCCAUCAUCUGCUAUAGACAUAGAUGCCACUGGCUUAGAUGCAGAAGAAAAUGAUAUUCCAGCCAACCAUCGCUCCCCCAAACCCAGUGCAAACAGUGUCACCUCACCCCACUCCAAAGAGAAAAGAAUGCCCUUCUUUAAGAAGACAGAGCACAUCCCUCCCUACGAUGUAGUGCCUUCUAUGCGACCAGUAGUUUUAGUGGGGCCUUCUCUGAAGGGAUAUGAAGUAACAGAUAUGAUGCAAAAAGCAUUAUUUGAUUUUUUAAAACACAGAUUUGAAGGGCGUAUCUCCAUCACCCGGGUGACGGCAGACAUCUCCCUGGCCAAGCGCUCGGUGCUGAACAACCCCAGCAAGCACGCCAUCAUCGAGCGCUCCAACACGCGCUCCAGCCUGGCUGAAGUUCAAAGUGAAAUUGAAAGGAUUUUCGAGCUGGCAAGGACACUGCAGCUGGUGGUGCUGGAUGCUGACACCAUUAACCACCCAGCUCAGCUGAGCAAAACCUCUCUGGCUCCCAUCAUAGUGUAUGUAAAGAUUUCUUCUCCUAAGGUUUUACAGAGGUUGAUAAAGUCUCGAGGGAAAUCCCAAGCCAAACACCUCAACGUGCAGAUGGUGGCCGCCGACAAGCUGGCACAGUGCCCGCCCGAAAUGUUUGAUGUGAUUCUGGAUGAGAACCAGCUGGAAGAUGCUUGUGAGCACCUUGCUGACUACCUGGAAGCCUACUGGAAGGCCACACAUCCACCUAGCAGCAACCCUCCCAACCAGCUCCUCACUCGCACACUUGCCACAGCCACUCUUCCUAUUAGCCCAGGUCCAAAUAUUAAUCUCCAGGGAUCUCAAGGAGAGCAGAGGAACGACCACUCGGCUCCCGAGCGCGGCGGCUCGCACGUCGAGGAGGAAGCUCGGCUGGAGCCCGGCAAGAAAUCGCAGCACCGCUCCUCCUCCAGCCAGCACCACAACCACCGCGGCGCCGGCAGAGGCCUCCCCCGGCAAGAGACUUUUGACUCCGAAACGCAAGACAGCAGAGAUUCGGCUUACGUGGAGCCGAAGGAGGACUACUCACACGAGCACGGCGAGCACCACGACCCCCACCGGGAUCACAACCACAGGGACGAGUCGCACGGGAGCGGGGAGCACCGGCACAGGGAGUCGAGACACCGCUCCAAGGAGAGGGACCGCGAGCAGGACCACAACGAGUGCAACAAGCAGCGCAGCCGCCAUAAAUCCAGGGACCAGUACUGUGACAAGGACGGGGAGGUGAUCCUGCGGCGGCGCAACGAGGCGGCCGAGUGGGGCAGGGACGUCUACAUCCGGCAGUGA